AUGCCCUCCGCAACAUCCCCGCUGGUCCAGUCCCAGAACCACACCAACUCCUCGCAUUCCAUCCACUCGGUUCUGUCAAGGAACUCGGACACAACUCAAGGCACAUCUACAUCCACGCUGUUCCCCGUCCCACCUACGCCUUCGCUCUCGCCUGCUCCUUCCACAGUCCAAGGAAAUGUCGAGCCAACCGGGAAUGUCAUGAAUAAGGUCGCCGACAAGGAUGCCUCAUUAUUCCAGAUGUGUAUCACUUUGCGUCAACGCCUAUUAGCUGUUCCUGGCUUCGACGAGUACUUCCUGGAGACAGAACAACAACACGAAGAUCUCGACGUCGUCCAGCUUCUUUGGAAGACCUUUCAGCUUGGCCACCCGCUGGUCUCUCUAUACAAUAUCCUGCGGCCCGACCAGCCUGUUGAGAUCGAUGUGUCCAAGAUCAGCGCUGCCAAACAAGGCAAGGCCCUCACUUCCAGUUUCUUGCGUGGCUGCAUCAACGGACUCAACUUUUCUGUGGAGGACUGUUUCAUUCUCUACGAUCUCUACCAGGACGAUAUUGGUGGCUUUGUCAAGGUCGUGAGGAUGGUUUCAAGACUGCUUGACAUUAUGGUGCAACAAAAUAUCAUCGAGGAUCUUCGCCCGGAUCAGAUCGCUGCCCAUUCCGGCAAACGCAGCCAGCGACAACAUAUUGUUGAAGAAUUGGUUACUACCGAAAGAACUUACGUCCAACAUCUUGAACUUCUGCAAGCUUUCAAGCAGCUCUGCGAAAGCAAAGGAGUCGUUUCUGGUGAUGUGAGCCAUCAGAUCUUCCACAACCUUGACGCACUACUCAAUUUCCAACGCCGAUUCCUGAUCAAAGUGGAACAAACGAACGCUAUACCAGAAGACGAACAAAAUUGGGGAAAGAUCUUUGUCCAAGCAAACGAAGGGUUCAUGGUGUAUGAGCCUUAUAUUGCCAACCAGAAACUUUGUGAAGAGGUUGUCAUGAAAGAGUUUGCUAAGCUCAAGGAAGCCGGUGGUACCAUCGACAUGCGUCAACUUGUCGAGUCUCCUCCAACUCUAUACGGGUUCCUGAUGAAACCUUUCCAAAGAUUGUCCAAGUACCCGUUGUUGCUGGACUCUUUGUAUCACAAGGGAGACUAUAACGAGGAUAUCAAGGCCGAUCUGUUCAAGGGCAAGGAGUGCGCGACAACUGUUCUGACACGCACAAACACCGCCAUCGAGAACGAAGACAAGCUGGAAGCACUGGAAGAUCUCAAGAGCCGUGUCGAAGACUGGAAGGGUCACCGCGUCACAGGCUUCGGUAGUCUUCUUCUCUUCGGCAGUUACACGGUGAUCAAGAGCGACAGUGCACCAGGAAAGGACCAGGAACGCGAGUACCACGUCUACUUCUUUGAGUCGAUUUUGCUUUGCUGCAAGGACAUUGAUCGUAACAAACCGAAGAACAAAAUGUCAACCCGUUCGUUGGUCGACAAGAAGGGCAGACCGAAGAUGCAGCUCAAAGGCCGCAUCUUCAUGCAGAAUGUCACAGAUGUGGUCAAGGCAUCAAAGCCUGGCUCAUACACCUGCCAGAUCUUCUGGAAGGGCGAUCCGGGUAUCGAAAAUUUUGUCGUCCGAUUCCCUACUGAAGAUACCAUGAGCAAAUGGUACUCAAAGUUGCUGGAGCAAAAGGCCGUCUGCAACGAUCUCGCAAGACGUAGCGACAGCACCACUGCUUCUCACAGGCCUUCUGUUGGUACUUCGGCCACUGACUUCACUUACAUCCAACAAAACCAAGAAGGUCUUGUGAACCCUUACCAGGAGGCCGAUGAGGAGGAUGAAGAGGGCACUGUUGUGCCACAAUCUCCAUUCCCUCCAUACGCUCCACACUCUUCGUUUGAAUCUUCUACUCUGAGCAGCAGGAAUGCCUCAACAACAAGUCUCCGCUCGAGAUCUACGACUGGCGAGAGCGGUCCUCCCUUAAACCUAGGGGGACGUAUGCCUCCACCACGACUUCCUGGUGGCGCAGCUGGUGGCUACCCCUCGCUGAGUCUCAGAACUCAGCAACUGCCCUAUGCACAAUCACCAUCGAUGGAGAAGGACUCGUACUUCUCACCUGUUGAGACGCCGCUUCCCUCUCAGAGGACCAGUGGUUCAUCAGGCAUGUCUUACUUCCCAAACCAAUUCCACGACAAUCAAACGCGCUAUACCGCUCCAGCCAUGAGCCGUACUGCUUCACGCGAGAAUAGCGUCGCUUCAGCAAGUUACGCUGCCACUCAGCGUACCUCUGGACCUAGACCUGGGUUGGUCGGCAUGCACAGUACUCAACAGAUCCCACCUUCAAGAAACAGAUCUGCAAGCAGUCCGGAUAUCAACCACGUCCAGCGCAGAGCUGCAAAUGGAUCGAGGCCGCCAGUGCCUGAUGUGCCUGUUCCGCCCUUCCCUGCUCAGUAUUCUGUGAGCGGCUCAGUGCCCAGGAGUCAAAGCAAUUCUCCUAGUCUGGCUCAUGCUCCUGUGCAAUCGCCACAUCAGCGCGAACGGUCAUCAACCCGGUCAAAUGUCGACGUACCGUAUGGUCAUGAUGGUCCGCCAGCUUUGAGAGUAAAUCCAGGCUUGGCUUAUGUUGGAUCAUCUCGUACCAACACACCUGCCCCCGGACCCGCCAGUGGCUAUGAUUCUCCUAUAUCUCCUCCCCUGUCCUCCAGCUCCGACUUUGGUCUGUCACAGCUCAAAAUCAAAGUGCAUGCCUCGAGUACUGUCUUGACCCUUGUCGUACCUUUGAACAUCUCAUACCAUUCUCUUAGAGAUCGCAUCGACGCCAAGUUGUCCCGCAGUACCAACAUCAGCCUGAGCGAUCGCACGCCAAAUCAAGUCAAGCUGAAGUACCUUGACGAGGAUGACUACGUCAGCAUUCAGAGCGAUGAGGACGUGCAGUCAGCUUUCGAAACUUGGCGCGAACAGCGAGGCGAGAACGUUGGCGGUAUGGGAGAGAUCGAGCUCUUCUGCCAAUAA